GAUGGCUUCUUUGAUCACAACCAAAGCAAUAAUGAGUCAUCAUCAUGUUUUGUCCUCAACUAGAAUCACUACUCUUUGUUCCGACAAAUCCAUCGACGACAAACAAAUAAAAACAAAACUCCAAAUCUCCAAUCGGUUAUCUUCCCGGAGGAUCUCCGGUGUAACCAGAGCUGUAAUCGAUUCGCCGGCAUCGUCGCCGGAGAAAGAGAAGAUGGAAGGUGAGAGACGGUGUCAUGUUGCGUGGACAAGUGUACAACAAGAGAAGUGGGAGGGUGAGCUUACUGUCCAAGGAAAAAUCCCCACUUGGCUGAAUGGUACGUACCUAAGAAACGGUCCGGGCUUAUGGAACGUCGGAGACCACGAUUUCCGACAUCUCUUCGACGGCUACUCCACACUCGUCAAGCUCCAAUUCGACGAUGGUCGUAUAUUAUCUGGCCACCGCCUCCUCGAGUCCGACGCCUACAAAGCCGCCAAGAAACACAAGAAACUCUGUUACCGAGAAUUCUCCGAGACUCCAAAACCGGCGAGAAACAGCUUCAAAAACCUUUUCUCCGGUAUAGGAGAAAUCGUCAAACUUUUCUCCGGCGAGUCUUUAACGGACAACGCCAACACCGGAGUGGUCCGUCUCGGUGACGGGCGAGUGAUGUGUCUCACGGAGACUCAAAAAGGAUCGAUUUUAGUCGACCAUGAGACGUUAGAGACGAUAGGGAAAUUCGAAUACGACGACGGAUUGUGCGAUCAUAUGAUCCAAUCAGCGCAUCCGAUUGUUACGGAGACGGAGAUGUGGACGUUGAUACCGGAUCUUGUUAAACCGGGUUACCGGGUCGUGAGGAUGGAGGCCGGGUCGAAUAAAAGGGAGGUUGUGGGGCGGGUGAAGUGCCGGGCCGGGUCAUGGGGACCCGGGUGGGUUCACUCGUUUGCGGUGACGGAAAAUUAUGUUGUGAUACCGGAAAUGCCCCUGAGGUAUUCGGUGAAGAAUCUGCUUAGAGCUGAGCCGACACCGCUUUACAAGUUCGAGUGGUGUCCGGACGACGGAGCUUUUGUUCAUGUCAUGUCCAAACUCACCGGAGAAAUCGUGGCGAGCGUGGAGGUCCCGGCGUACGUAACGUUUCACUUCAUAAACGCAUACGAAGAAGAUGAAAACGGCGAGACGGUAAUCAUUGCAGAUUGCUGCGAACACAAUGCGGAUACUCGAAUACUCGAUAUGCUCCGCCUUCAUACCUUACGUUCCUCCCAUGGCCACGACGUACUACCCGAUGCUAGGAUCGGGAGAUUCAAGAUACCGUUGGACGGGAGCAAAUACGGGAAACUGGAGACGGCGGUAGAUGCGGAGAAGCAUGGGAGAGCGAUGGAUAUGUGCAGCAUCAAUCCUUUGUAUUUGGGUCUCAAAUACCGUUACCUUUAUGCAUGUGGUGCUCAACGACCUUGUAACUUCCCAAAUGCUCUCUCCAAGGUUGAUCUUGUGGAGAAGGAGGUGAAGAACUGGCACGAACACGGUGUUAUACCAUCCGAACCAUUCUUUGUGCCUCGACCUGGCGCUACCCAUGAAGAUGAUGGAGUGGUGAUAUCGAUAGUAAGUGAAGAAAAUGGAGGAAGCUUUGCCAUCUUGCUUGAUGGAAGCUCUUUUGAGGAAAUAGCAAGAGCCAAGUUUCCUUAUGGUCUUCCUUAUGGAUUACAUGGUUGCUGGAUUCCCAAACAU